AUGCACAGUGAGAAGCUCACGGAUCUCAAAUUGGACAACGUGAUGCUGGACCAUCGUGGGCACGUGCGCCUCGCGGACAUGGGCAUGUGCAAAAUCGGCCUCGGGGGUGGCAAAACGUCUACAUUCUGUGGUACCCCCGAUUACCUGGCACCAGAGAUCAUUCGGGGUCAACAUUACAAUCACAGUGUGGAUUGGUGGUCGUUCGGUGUGCUCUGCUACGAAAUGCUUGUGGGUCAGUCACCGUUCAACGGCUGCGACGAGGACGAACUCUUCUGGUCCAUAUGCAACGAGCAACCUUAUUAUCCUCGUUUCUUGUCCAAAGAGGCCAAAUCACUGCUUAUGCAGCUGCUGGAAAAAGAUCCUGAACGUAGACUGGGUACAUCAUCGUCGUCUUCAAUUUCUGCAGACAUGGCACACCAGCCAUUUUUCCGGCCAAUCAACUGGGAGCGACUGGAGAAAAAAGAACUGGAACCUCCGUUCCAACCAAAGCUGAAAUCUGGAUCAGACGUCACUUAUUUUGACACUGACUUCACGAUGGAGCGACCGCAUUUGACAGUGGUUGACAAGGACAUUUUGGCCAGCAUGGAUCAGGCUCCGUUUCAAAGCUUUUCGUACACAAAUCCUGACAUGCUUCUGCUUGCGAAUAACAAAGCGACGCCGACGUGAUUUCUGAAACAAGAAAAUUCCGCGCUUCUUUCGAUUUUUUUUUUUUGCUGGCUCAAAAGGGAAUCGCUGGAUCCCAGUCACUAUUUGCCGAUCCAAAUUGUUUGUGUGUCAUUGUUAAUCCUAUUGAAAUUUCGAAAAAAGAAUUCAGCUUGUGUUCUGGAGUGUAUUGAUUGAGAGAAUGCAUUAGAGUUUUGAAUAAAAAGCAGCGUGUC